UUUAACCGGUCGAGUUCGCUUCGUUCUGCCGGCUUCGCUGGUGUCGUCUUAGUGGAUCUAUCUCCAUGCUUGCAGCUUAUACGGUAAAGCUCCCAUGGGGGGAGGGGGAGAUCUGUUUAUAAUGGAGGACGACCCCCUCGGUGAUGGCACGCUACUCGUGCCUUCCCUCUGUUGUUUCGUUGUUUUAGUGAUUUGAUUCCCUUUUUAAAUUUGACCAACGUGCUUGCCUUACCUGACCGCAGACUGCCAUCAAGCCGACUCUUUGAAGCACUUACAGCUACAUAUUACAACACAAACGCAACCAUGGCGGCCGAGAUGAAAGACGGAAAGUUCUCUCACGACAUCACUGUCGCUCCCCAGUCGAACAGUGUCAUGUCUCUCUUCUCCCUGAAGGGAAAGACUGCUAUUGUCACCGGAGCCGCAGCUGGUAUCGGCUACGGAGUCGCAGAGGCCUUUGCGGAAGCUGGCGCCAACGUGGCCAUCUGGUACAACAGCAACAAGAAGGCACUUGAUGCGGCUGCAGAUAUCGAGAAGAGGUACGGAGUGAAGUGCAAGGCAUACCAAGUCAACGUAACCUCUCUCGAAGCCGUCGAGUCCGCAGUCACCGAGAUCGUCCAGGAGUUCAACGGCCGUCUCGACAUCUUCGUCGCCAACUCGGGAAUCCCCUGGACGGACGGCCCCGCGCUCGACGGCCCUCCCGAGUCCUACAAGCGGGUCAUGGCCACCAACGUCGACGGUACGUUCUGGUGCGCCCAGGUGGCCGGCCGUCACUGGCGGAGGCAGAAGCAGGAGGGGACCACGAUGGACGGCAAGAAGCUUGAAGGGUUCACGUACGGCAGCUUCAUCGCGACAGCGAGCAUGAGCGGCCACAUUGCCAACAUCCCGCAGCUGCAGGCGGCAUACAAUGCUUCCAAGGCGGCUGUCAUCCAUCUGUGCAGGUCGCUGGCUGUGGAGUGGGUGGGCUUUGCGAGAGCGAACACCAUCUCGCCGGGGUAUAUCAAGACCGAUAUCUCGGUGUUUUGCCCGCCCGAGGUUAAGAAUGCGUGGAAGGACAAGAUUCCUAUGGGUCGUGAAGGAGAGGUCAACGAGUUGAAGGGCGCAUAUCUGUAUUUUGCAUCGGAUGCGUCCUCUUACACGACUGGCACGGACCUUUUGGUCGAUGGCGGAUAUUGUGCCCCUUAAGAGGUCCAAAUCCGUUAUAAUUGCUGUAUGAAUGAUGACCUAAAUGGAUUAAUUCCAUGAAUGUUAAAAGACUCGUUAUCGGUAUCGGGAUGUCAGCGUUUUGUAUAUGUUGCAUGUGUCCGUGAUUAUUUCCAUUGAAGGGCACCCGAGAAGGAGCUGUGAAUGGGUGUGA